UUUCAGGGAAUUUCACCUGCGGAAAAUGGAGGAAGCUGAUGCUUUCAUCAGAGACGCUUGCCGACAUCUUGAGUGCUCGUUUGCUGAUGAAGAUGAAAUAGAAUUCAGCACACCUCAGAUUUUUGAGUUUUUAGUAAGAUGUAUUUGGAAAAUAGAUAAUAGUAGUAAACAAACAAUUUCGUCAUAUGUAUAUCCAAAAGUUAUAACUACCAGGCUGCAACUUGGAAACGCAAUUUCUAACUAUCUGCAGAAAUUUCACAUUCGCGGAGACACCGCCCUUCACACAGUUUUAUACGGCAAUAUCAACAAUCUUCGCAGUGCAUUCAUUGAACUGAUAAGGAAAUUGCCGGCCGACGCACAAGAGGCCGUUUCUCUAGACCAGGGUCAUCAGUUUCUGGAAAGUGUAGUCAAACACGAGAAAUCACAACCAGAAUGGGUUCCUGUGUACUGUCGUGGAUUGAACAGAAAUCGGGAAUGGAAAUUGCCAAAUAAUACUCCGGAAACCUUCCCACUUUGCAACUUCAAUAAACCCAUCCCAAACUCUGAUCCUAGAAAAUGGAUUUCGCAAUACAUAAACUCCAGUCACACAGAGAAAGACUUCAACUUCAAGCUGACAAAGCCUGCACUUCCACCAAAGCCAAUUUUUGCCAAAAAAGUCGAUAAGGAAGAAGAAACUGUUGAAGAAGCGACGGAAGAAAAUAAUGAAAACUUAGUUUUACAAGCUGAAUAUGAGCAGAAACUUGCAGAGUAUAAAGCUUUACAAGAGAAACGCUCGCAGUUUGAAGAGCAAAACAGAGAGCUCGAAAAUAAGCUAUCAAAAUACAAGCCAGAACUUAUUGAAGCUCUUGAUGACCCAGAAGCAUACGUUCAGAAGUUGAUGGGCAAAAUUGCUGAAUUAAAUAAGCAAAUGGAAGAAGACACGCAGAUAAUUGAGAACACAAAACAAGCCAAUGCUCAGAAGAAACUGCAAAUGAGAGAGGAACUGAAAAACUUGGGUACGGAUGAUGAAGAAAUAAGGCGAAUUCAAGAAAUGGAAGCAGAUUUGGAAGGUGUUGAUGAGAGGAUUGAAAGUAACGUGAUGUUAGCUGAAAAGCUUAGAAAGAAGCUGUCAAAAAUUGAUGAUGAUGUGCAAAGCAUGUACGUACUCGAGCAAAGAAGUAAAGAACUGGAUGCGAUGGUUCGGAAACAAGAGCAAGACAUGGUGAAAAUGCAAGAGGAACGGCAUGCACUCCGAAAGCAAGAAGAACGAGAAAGCGAGGCGGUCAACAGAUCGUUUGCUAUCAUCUACAAUAUUCUUCUUCAGCAUUGCGAUCAUUAUCGUGGACGCCUGGCCAUGGAAUCAUUCACACGAAUUCAUUUGUAUUGCAUGGAGAUUCUGGAGAUGUUAAGAGAAAACGGUGCUCUGAAACAAGCAGUUGGAAUCCUUCAAUCAGAGAUUUAUGUCGAGGAGCAGAAGCAGUACGACAAACAGUUUGAACUGUUGCAUCAGGACUAUCAAGAAAUCAGCGACUUGAAUGACCAACUGUUUUCUGAAAUCCGUCUCAAAAAGCCUGACUUCCAAAUGCCAACCACCUAAAUGCAACUCAUAAUCGAAAUUUUUUCGUUUUUUUUUCAUAUCUUUUUAAGCAUAUCUUUGUUUUACGGAUUAAUUUGUGAUCCUGUUUUUUUUAACUUUUGGAUAGGAAUAACCUUAUACUGUGAUCAAAGUUGGAUCAAACAAGCAUAUUUUUGUUCCUCUCAACGCUCCGCUGUCAUUUGCCAUUCACUUCAUUUUUUUCUAAUUAUUUUAUUGACUUUUUGUUUGUUUGUGUGUUAAACCGAAAUGUUGUAAGAAAAUUUUUUUAGUAUCAUUCUAGUUCAAUGAAAAUUUUCUUUGUAAA